UGUCUUUUCAUGUCAGCGCUGGGAAUUUCAGCUUACUACAUACAUUUACGUUUCACACUAUACGAGGUGCCUUUUUGUUGUUUUUAAAAUGAACACGUUAUUUUGCAGCGAUACUAUUUUUAUGGUACAUUUGUUUCGCCCUCUUCACCGUCUUUUUACAAUCGAGAAGUGAUCGCUAAAAAUGGGCUACCGUACGACAAACACGUUUCACAAUAACGCGGGGAGUGUUAUGCUGGGGGCAUUAAACUAACAGUUUUCUAUAGUACGUGCCAAGUGAGUAUAUGCCGUUAAUGAAAGUCAAGAUGUGAAGUUCUGUCAGAUAAAUAGGUGGGAAAUUGUUAUAUAUUAGUUUGAGAGAAUGACCCUAUUUUAACAAGAAAAUUAUGUUUCCCCUCGUCCUCCUGAAACCCUAAUCAUAUAAGCAAUGUUUUCUAAGGUAUCCAUUAAUGUACGGUAGUCUGAGAAACAGAAUUCACAUCUUCACGUCGAAACGAUUUACGCUCAUUUACCAACGUACAAAUCGCCUGUCUUAUAUACUGUGGCUACUUUUGUAACUUAAUGUUCUCCCCCACCCCCUCUCGAUGUCUGAGAAUCACAGACAUGCAACACAGACAGUACUUAGAAACGUCUACUGUAAAGUACAGUGUACACACUUUGCGUAGAAAUACACACGAUUACAAACAGGUGUUUUGCAACACAUCACUCCCUCUCUAUGUUUAUUCAUUGAUUCCCCAUUCUGAUAUCUGCACAUCUUGUAUCACUGCCAUGAAACUUAAUAUACACUAUUUUUCAAUUAAGACGAAGCUAACCCAGCAAGCUAUAGUAGGCUUAACUUUCAAGUAAUCGAAUCUGUUACAAAAAUCUAAACACACACACACACACACACACUUGCUGAAUAGCUGUACAAGCAGGGUAAGGAAGUAUUGGUAUAUUUUUACCUUUCGUUGAAAUAUCCACAUAUAUCGUGUCAGUCUUCCAAACUUGUACAGUAUGUACGUCGUCUUCCUGUGCUGAGGAUCUUACAUGUCAUAACACACUUCACAAGGCCUUGACCAUUUAAAUUGGCAGUCGCUGAUGCGCACUGGUACUUUGCCCUUCACAUCACGGCACUUCUUGUACCUAUCGGUUACAAGAAGCAUAGGCAGAGCACUAUCAUCAAUACGCUGUAUUUAUCUUUGUACUAUGACGGAGCUGUACUUUGUAGUUUGUAUUCUUCCAGGCAAUGAAAUAACUCAUUGCAUUUUUACAGUUUCAUUGUGUAACGUACUCCGCAGAAAAAAUUUGUAACAACAACACAUAAGAAGUAAACAAAUAUUAAAGAAUAAAAAGCGAAUGAAGUAAACGAUGUAUCACAUUAGCUCGCUAGGCAAGUUCGACUUAAUGUUAAACGAUACUUACGCGAAGAGAAACUAGUGCGGUUUGUGACGUGGUUAUCUGACGAUAAGUGCAAGGACAUGUUUUAUUCACCACUGUUUUAGAACAUUUACAAUGUUAGGUGUGGAAAGUUUAUAAGCUAGAGAACAUCCGUUUAUCUGAGUUGUCGCCUUUUGACGUUUGUUGGCGUAUUGUUUGAAACAGCUGUUAAUAGCGAUAUGGCUCGAUAUUUCCGGGAGCAGGAUAUAGAUGAAUUUCGUGAAUGCUUCUACCUUUUCGCACGAAGUGGACAGAUUCGUACCUUGGAUGAGUUAACUAUUAUAAUGAGAUCGCUGGGUAUGAGCCCAACGAUCCAGGAACUUAAAAAGUAUAUGAAAGAUAAAGGUGGAAAGAUGUCAUUUGCAGAGUUCCUUGAAGUGAUGCACACCCACAGCCAGGCUGAAGUUUUACCAGAUGAAGUAGUGGCAGCAUUUCAAGCAGCUGAUCCUGGAAAGAAAGGUGUGUUACCAGCUCGGCAGUUGAAGCAUAUGCUGCUUAACUGGGGUGAAAGACUUAGUGGGAAGGAAGUGGAACAGAUUUUUAGGGAAGCAAAUGUUUCACACAAUGGACAGGUGAAGUACCAGGACUUCGUGAAGAUUGCAUGUGCUCCUGUGCCAGAUUACUAUUAAUGCCUCAUAGAUCACAUGUGCCUGGGUUAUGACAGUAUUUUAUACAGUAUACAUUUAUAAUGCAUUUGGUGGAGGCAUUGCAAACUUUUCUAUUUUUUGAAACUCCAUGAGUUGCUUAGAGAUCCACUCAUGUUAUAUUAUUGGUAUUUAAUUUUGUAUAUGAAAUGUGUGUGUCUGUAUUUAUCACAUGAAAAGUAUGUGACAAAAAUUAUUUUUCUUUUGUUUGGGAAAAAAUCCAUAAUUACUUCUGAAAGGUGACAUAAUCUGACUGUACAAUAGUAUUAUACUGAAUUUUAAGCAAUUCCUGUGAUAUUGAAUAUAAGUACUUAAUUGAAACAUUUGAUUUAUGGACAUUGCUGUUAAACUAUUUGUUUUAAUGCACUUUUAUAUAAUGUAUUUUUGAUGUGCAUGGAAAAGACUUUGUAAAGAGAGAGAAGUAAAGUUUAUUACAUUGAAAAA